AUGGUGGGCUGGAGGGUGGCGGUUCUAUGUCUGUGGGUCUCCUGCGGCUUUGCCGCCAGACAGCUGGAACACUUGGUGUUGGAGGAGACCGAGCGGGGCGUAGCCGUAAGUAAUGUUUCCGCGGACUUGGGGCUGUCAGCGGCCGCUCUUUCGUUGAGGAACUUUCGCUUCCUCUCCAGCCACCGCGAGCCCUACUUUGGGGUGGAUCUGGCCAGUGGUAGCUUGGUCGUCCGAGAGCCGGCUGAUCGCGAACGGCUGUGGGGGAAUAAAGCUGCCUGCGUCUUGACCUAUGAGCUGGUGCUCGAAGACCCGCUGGAGCUACACAAGAUGCGAGUUCACGUCGUGGACACCAACGACAACUCGCCUCUCUUCCCUGCUGGCGACGUGCAGCUGCACAUCCCCGAGUUCCUGUUGCCUGGAGCCCGCUUUACUCUCCCUAAUGCCCUAGAUGCGGACGAAGGAAGCAACGGGGUCCUGACCUACACCCUGAGCCCCAGCCAGCAUUUUCACCUGAUCGUGGAGUCACGGGUCGACGGCAGUGCAUAUCCGGAAUUGCUAUUAGAGAAAGCGCUGGAUCGGGAGCAGAGCGCCACCCACCAGCUGGUGCUUACAGCUAGGGACGGCGGGCAGCCCGCGCGCUCCGGAGACGCACAAGUUACCAUCAUAGUAGUGGACACAAAUGACAAUGCGCCUGUAUUUGAGCGAACAGUAUACCGCGCCAAGGUACCAGAGACUGCCCCGAACGGGACUUUGUUAUUACGAGUUAAGGCCUCGGACCCGGACGAAGGCUCCAAUGGGGAAAUUCGGUACUCCUUAAGCAAUAGCACGCUGGUGGGGCUGCGACACUACUUUCACGUGCACCCUGGAAAUGGGGAAGUGCGGGUAGCUGCUUCCCUAGGUCCGCCUGAAACGUUGUUGGAAGCUUACAUUGAGGCUAGGGAUGAAGGCACCUUCGGUCUAGCUAGUACUGUCAAACUGCUGGUGGAAGUGACAGAUGUGAAUGAUCAUGCCCCAGAGGUGAACGUCCUGACUCUAUCCAGUUCAGUUUCUGAGGAUGCAGCCCCUGGCACAGUGAUUGCUCUCCUCAGCCUAAAGGAUGAGGACCUCGGUCCCAAUGGUAAAGUCUUUUGUAGCAUGUCCAGUGGAGGCCCUUUUAAGCUGAAGGCUUCUUUUGACAACUACUACAGCUUGCUGACUGAUGGGCGGCUGGACCGAGAGCAGGUCAGCGAAUACCAGGUCCUGUUCACUGCCUCAGAUGGUGGCUCACCCCCACUGAGCACCCGCAAAGUUCUGACUGUGUCUGUUGCUGAUGUGAACGACAAUUCACCAGGUUUUGCUCAACCACAACAGGAACUUUUUGUGGCUGAAAACAAUGGUCCUGGAGCCUCUUUAGGCCGUGUGUUUGCCCAGGAUCCUGACCUGUGGAAAAAUGGCCUUGUCUUCUAUGAGCUGUUGGAUAUUAUCUCUGAAAGGCAGACAGGCUCUAGCUUGGUGGCAGUAGAACCAUCCAGUGGGGCUAUCACUGCCAAAACUUCCUUUGACUUUGAGCAGAUCAGGGGGUUUCACUUCCAAGUGGAAGCCCGGGAUGAUGGCAUUCCUCCCAGGAGUGCAACAGUGACUGUGAACUUGUUUGUGGGAGAUAGGAAUGACAAUGCUCCAGUCAUCCUGUUUCCCUUGCCCAGAAAUGGUUCUGUUCCAGUGGAAAUUGUGCCCCGCUCUGCCAGAACUGGACUCUUGGUCACAAAAGUGGUAGCAGAGGAUGCAGACAGUGGCUCUAAUGCUUGGCUUUCAUACCGUAUUUUUCACGCUUCUGACGCUAGCCUUUUCAGAAUUUCAGCCAAUAUGGGAGAACUCCGUACUGCCCGCUUAAUUCUUCCCGCUGAUGCAGUUAAACAGAGGGUGGUGGUAGUGGUUCAGGACCAUGGAGACCCCCCACUUUCCUCUUCUGUCACACUGGGUAUACUGUUGAGCAACUUUGCCCCUCAGGUCCUUCCAGACUUGGAAGAUACCUGGGAAACAGAAGGCCACCUUUCCACCCAGAACCUGUUAGUAAUUGCCCUGGCCUCUAUUUCCUUUUUAUUUCUGGGGUGCUUACUUUUCUUUGUGUGUUUCAAGGUGAGCCAGAGCCCAGUUUGUUGUUCUCAAAGCUGUUGUCACUCUUCAGAAGAGCUGAGGCAUGGGAGGAAGAUGGCUUCAAAUCCUUGUAUGACAUCAGCCAUAAUAGAUGUCACUACAGUUGAGAGACUUUUUCAGACCUAUCUCUAUCGGGCCUCUCUAGGACUUGGUUCUGAUAAUAACAGUUUGCUGUUGCGUGGGGAAUACAGUGCUGCUGACCUGAGAGAUCUGGCUACUGAGGCAGGACUGAAUUUGCCAGUAUCCUGCAUUCACAUUCGGAAUAAGAAAGGGGAUCACGUAAAUGUCAAUGCUAUGGUAAGCAAAUUUGGGGGGAUUUGAUUCCCUUGCCCAGGAGAUGGCUGCUAGCUAUGUUCUGACAUGCUUCUUAGAUGAGCCUUUGGCAGCCUUUAAUCCACUGAA